AUUUUUUGUGAUGCUGCAAGCGCUAUUUAUCACGAGAUCGAGAUGUCUGCAAUCUUUUCUUGAUCGGCACUAGAAUGUCUGGAAAAUCGCAGUCCAAAGAUGAAAAUCUUAAGGACAAGAUUAAGAAUUUAUUCCGGCGUAAACAGGACAGUGCCAUUCUUCAGAAAGGCCCUGCUAGAGACUUCUCCACUGUUUUUACACAUGAAAUUUUGAAGGAUAUUGGUCCAGAGAGUCCUGGUAACAACAGAAUUAAAACCAUAAAAGAGCUUGGAGAUGUUGUUCUGAAGAAAAAACUUGAAGAGAAUGCCAUAGAGGCAGUAUGGUGCAGCAUACAAGAUUUGUUUUUGCCACAGACCGUGUCAGAAAAGAGACAUGUUGCCCUCCAAUUUCUGAUGUACCUUCUGGAAGGUCAGUACCAGAAUCUUGGCAAGCUGAGAUGUCAUUUCUUCCAUGUCAUACAAAGUUUAACUCUGCGAGAAAACAUUGACGAAAGGCUUGCUUUAUUUCGCAUAUUGAGUGAGCAAGGAAAAUGUUUGCUAGAGUUUGAGGAAGAGGCAGGCAUGUUUCUGCUGAGCUGGAUGCCAGAAGUGAUAGUAUGCAGGAAGAUCUGUGAUUUUCUACCUUUGUUGAUAAGUGUGGUCAAGUUUAACGCUGCAUACUUAGAUGAGGAGGUUGUUUCUGGAAUCAUCAAACAGACAUGUGUGAUUUGUAACAGACCAAAGGUAGAAGAUCAAGUAUUUGAUGAUGAAAUUAAGUUAAGUUUGGAUCUGAUUGCGUCAGUACUUGGUUACAGCUACUUGCCUUCCGAUACGCUACAAGAUGUGGUUGGGUCCUUAUGUAGAAUGGUUAAUAUUCGAAAAUACUGUGAACCAAGUUGGGGGUUGAUGAGAAAAUUGUUAGGGACACAUCUCGGACACAGUACCAUAUACACCAUGUGUAAUAUGCUACAAUCUAGAAAACAGCCUAUAGACUAUACAUUACUGCGUGGUGGAAUAUUCUACAUUGGAAUGGCACUAUGGGGCUCUAGAAAAGUGGCGUUUCUCAAGCAUACCCCAGCUGCUGUCCUACCUUCAUUUCUUCAUGUAUUAUCAUCCGGUAAUGCUAUGAUUGCGUAUGAAGUGACUCUGUCUGUUCAAAGGUUGGUGAAGAAAUACGGGAAGGAUCUCCCAGGAUCAACAUGGGAUAUUAUCCUAGACAUUGUAGAAACUGUACUUAAACAGCUAGAUACAGCGAAGGACUUGUCUGGUCAUCCACAGACUCCGGUGGAACUUCACGAUACUCUCACUACUAUAGAGCAACUUCACGAACUCGGCCAGUUCUCAGGAUCAGUGGAUAGAUUCUUUACCAUCAUAGAAAUGUGUCCAGCGAAGAGACCGGAGAAUUCGGUGAUCCUUUUGAUAUCUCAUCUUGUACAAAAUAUAGAUCCUGUCAAAGAGAGCUGGAUCAAUAACUUGUGUCAUCUUCUAGAUAGAUAUUUUAGAAUUGAAGGAAGAACAAAGAUUCGGUUAAAAGCAUUAGAUGUCUUAUCCUUUGUGCUCAGUAUUAAUAAGCAUUUAUAUGAGGAGGAUCUCAUACACCAAGUAGUAUUACCACAUCUGUGUCAUAUUGAGUCAGACGAGAACGUAAACAUCAGGAAGUGUUCUGUAGAAAUCCUUAUUGGUCUUGCUCAGGGUUGCUCACCAUCUAGUUUCCUAGAUGUCAUAAAUGUUGUUGAGAAGAUUUUGAAUUGUCCAUUGGUUGGGCGUCAUAUAUCACCAUACCAAGCUGUUGACAGUCCGGAGGUGAUUAUAGAUGAGUCACAUCUUAUAGAUGUCAAAACAGCCGUUGUAUUAUUAGUAGAUUUAUUCAAGAGCAAAUUGUACACAUAUCCACCAGGGAUAUGUGUGAAGUUGUAUGAUUUAUUACUUACACAUCUAAACUUACACUUUAUGGAACCCAAAGAUUACAGUGGAAACACUGCAGGAGCUGUAAGAAAAACAAUAAUAGAAUGUUUACUAAAUCUUCGAGCGGAUGUUUUUCACAGGAUUGGGAUGUAUGAUAGACAAUCAGAUAAACCAGCUAGAUACAGUCCCUAUGUUACCUGUGAUAGGAAUGAAAGGAGUCCCCCUAGAAGCCCAGUAUCUCCAACACCAGUGAUGCCACAGUGGGUAACAAUAUCAUACCUAGAUUAUACCAGAACCUUCUCUAUCUUCAUACAGUGUCUGGAAAAUGAGACAGAUUGGGAAGUGUUGAAGGGGGUAUUAGAAAAUUUGCCUGUGUUGUUACAGAAUAAAACGAUCAUACUGUCAUCAACACAGGCAAAUCUGGUAGACCUUCUGUGUAGCAAGCUUUGUGCCAUGGUAAACGAUAGACAGCUUCGUUUCCCGGAAAAACUAGUUGGAGCUCCGGCAAAAUUGACCAGAUCUGACUUCCAUGCCUAUGUUUUCCCUGUGCUGGCUGCCAUGGUCACAUACCAUAAUUAUUUAGACAGAAAUAGACAGAGGGAGUUAAUAAAGUGUUUAGAGUUUGGAAUGGUAUCAAAGUUAGCUAAGUCCUGCGUGAAUGCACUACGAUUGUGUACGUUAGAGAUGCAGGAAGUGAUGAUGAGGUUACUUCCCUUGGUGCUUUUACAAUUGUCUAAAAUCUCGGCUACCAUGUCCAUGGCAAUACCAGUGCUCGCAUUCCUGUCUAGUAUUGUAAGGCUGCCAAAGAUGUAUGCCAACUUUGUAGAAGAUGAAUACAUGAGUGUAUUUGCCAUUGCAUUGCCAUAUACAAACCCUUUCAAGUUUAGUCAUUACACAGUGUCAUUAGCUCAUCAUGUGAUAGCAAUCUGGUACAUCAGAUGUAGACUUCCCUUCAGAAAAACUUUUGUACAGUUUAUCCAAAAGGGAUUAAGAGCUAAUGUACUACAACAGUUUGAGGAGAAUUCGAGACUAGCGUUACAGAACCAGAAUCAGGACUCCAGUGAUAGAGUGCGAUCUGGUAGCUACAGCGAAGCCGCACUAAGAAGGCUAAGACAAGGUCGUAGAAGAAUGCAGUCUGGUUCUGCAGUGCAGCGAAGUGAGGUGAAUGCCCCCAUGGACGGGAAGUUGUCACAGUUUCACCGAGAACUGACGGAGACAUGUACAGAUGUUAUGGCGAGAUAUGCUUUUGGAAACUUCUCACCUUUACCACAUAGAUCUAACAUGGCCGAGUUCCUGUUAGCUGGUGGCCAGUGUCAGUCGUGGUUGGUAGGUAACAAGCUGAUCACAAUUACAACCAGUGGCAGUGGCAACAAGAGCGCUAACUCUGGUGUCUGUGAGAAAUGUCUGGCAGCUUACCAGGCCGUUGAACAGAAGGACCAGAGAGGCGGGCGUCGUAGACAUAGGUCUGCGGUGGUCUUUAGUCGAAGUUCGAGCACGAUGGAGCCUGGAUAUAAGUCAAGUCAAGAUGAUUUUACUGUUCAGUCUAAAACAGCUUUUGAUGACAUAGAUCUGGACUUGGCAGGUCAAGAUGUUGGUGUACAGACUGGAUCAUCUCUCAGCGAUGGCAAUGUCUUAGAAAAUGAACCAUUAGAAUCUCUCAUAUUAGGUAUGAAAAGUUCCGACCCACGGCACUUGCCGCUCAAUAUUUGUAACUGUUGGUGUACCAACUGGGCAGAAAUCUACAUCCGAGCUCCUAGUGGAAAUCUCUCUUGGAUGAUGAGAAUUGAAAAUGAAGCAGGACUUCUCAAUCUUUCAGAUUCCCAGGUUUCUGACAUCACUAUGCUGUUUGCAUCUAUGGGAAAGAAACGUAAGCCUGACGUAACACGGCAGAGUCAUAGGAUAGAGAGUGGUAGUAUAGGAGAAGAGGAAUAUGAAACCUUAUAUAAACAACAUUUUGAACAUAAUCUCAAACAUGACAGACCUGAAGUUUCAGCUGGCAAGUCUGAGUUACCAGAAAUUGCAGAAGUGGAUUCAUCUGGCUCUAUAAAUAGACCUGGAAGUCUGGGAUUCAUUGUCUCUAGUGCUGAAGAAAUUUCAGACACCCAUCAGGUGUCAGAUGCUUUACAGAUACCGUCUGCUGAAAGUGCGAAAAACCAUGACAUUUCUCCAGGCUCACUAAAGAGGUCCAACUCUUCACCAUCGAUAAUGAGUGGCAGCUCUGAUACUCUGUCUCCGCGGGACAGUAUAUCUGAUAUAGUCCAAUUUGGACCGUUAACAAAGUUGGACAAACAGAAGCCUAUUCCAAAAUCUGUUGAUUCAGACAAAAGUGAUAAUAAUGAUAAAUCUUCCCGACCAGAAAGUGCCAAAAUUGAUUCUGAGGAAGUGAAAGAAGAGGAAGGUGGGAAAAUUGUGAAAUUCGAUGUUUGUGAUAAAACUGACGGUACAAGUGCAUCUAGUUUAAAUGUAACAAAAUCUUCUGAAGAGAAGAAUAAUCAGAACAAAGCACCACUGCCAGCUAAGUUAGAUCUGGGCAAAGAAGUAAGCACGAGCAUGCCCAAGGAUUUCACGAGUAUGCUCACACGACAACUGAGUCCAUCACCAGCGAGUUCGGACACAUCGUCGACGUUUGAUGAGGUUGGGGAGCUACCGUCGCAACUACCCAGGCAUAGAGGUCAUACUGUGUCAGUUGUCCAGCAUAGUAAUGCUAGAGCAGAUAAUGGUGUCCCUAAAACGUCAAAGGGCACUGGGUCAAGUGAUAAUUCAAAGGUGGGAGUCAGCCCGAGUUUUGUGUUUCUUCAGUUGUAUCAUAGCGGGCAAGUUCAAAGCAGCGAUGUUCCUUUGUUACUGCCAAACAAUGAUACCACAGAACGUGCCAUCAAGAUGUUAGAUCAUAUUUAUCCUUACGAGACUCACAAAAUUGGUGUCAUAUAUGUAGGACCUAAUCAGUCAAAAGAUGAGAAGGCAAUUCUGUCAAACACGUAUGGUAGUGAUAGGUACAUGAAGUUUAUACAAUCUCUCGGCACUUUGUUCCGGCUCAAGGACUGCAACCCACAGCAUGUUUAUCUUGGUGGUCUCGACACGAAGGGAAAUGAUGGAGAAUUCUCUUACGGAUGGCAGGAUGAAUCAACACAAUUGAUUUUUCACAUAGCAACAUUGAUGCCAAACAAAGACUCGGACCCGAACUGUAAUGCCAAGAAACUACAUAUAGGCAAUGACUAUGUAACAGUUGUUUAUAAUGAUAGUGGGGAGGAAUAUAAGAUUGGAGUGAUGAAGGGCCAGUUUAACUAUGUUAACAUUGUUAUAAAACCGUUAGAUUAUAACAGUAAUGCUGUCACACUACAAGCUAAAGAAGUGCCCUUCCAGGACCAUGUUACUGCAGAUAUUGCAGGUAUACUGGGACAUACGGAUACAAAGGUGAUCUCUGAUACAAACUUAGCAGCUCUAGUACGACAGAUUGCUAUACAUUGUAAUCUGGCAUCUAUGGUGCUUCAAAGACAAGCCUCGCAACCAACAGAUCCAUUUGCUAAUAACUGGUUAGAGCGUCUGCGUAAAAUUCGUCGAAUGAAGACUACAUGUAUCAUUACAGACAAUCGUCCUGAAAGUCCUUCCGACACAAAAUGUGAGGACUUCACGCAAUAUGUGUAAACACCCAACAAGACGUGCACAGGUUUUACAGAAUAUGUUAAACAUAUAUGUUGUUACUUACACUGUAUGUGUGUAAAUGUUCAGAAAUUAUGUUACUGAUUGUACAAAUAAGAUUUAACACAAAAUGUUUGUUUUUUUUUUUUUUUCAGAAACAUACACAAAUGCUGCAUUGAAGAAAAAAGCUUUUUUUUUUAUAAUUUUAUUGAAUGGAAGUUAAGGACAUUGUUAUUUUAAAAAAGUGCUUU